AUGUCUCAACCAUUAAUGUCACACGCCAUCGCGUACACCCACCAACCACCCACCGUACAAGAAGUAGCUAGACGAUAUGUCCAAUGGAGAGAUGAAGAUGUCGGACUGUUAUUGACAGACUUGGAACAACCAGGUCAUUAUGAAAAAUGGAAAGAAAAUAAAUCCAGUUACAGCAAACGAGUAGCAGAUGAAGUCUUUAGCAAAUUAAUGUAUCAUGAAGCCAUCAAGUUCAAAGUACGUUGGUUGGAAUCACGGUUUCGACGAUUGGAUGAUCAGCUGCGUGCAAUAACAAAUGAACAAACCAGAGCUGAUACGAAGAGCAAGUUAUUGAAAGAAUUUAGAUAUUACGAUCGUUGCAAGAACAUUUUCUCUGUUGAUUCUACUGAUACUGGUGAUGCGGAUGAUUCGUCUUCCAAGCCCGAAACGGAUGCGGAAAAGACUACUCAGCUCACCACUUCAUUUACACUACCUUUUGGUGUGCCUUCCGAGACAGUUGAGACGAUUCCUACCUCAGAUCCUAUGAUGGUCAAUACCCCUGUUCCCAACAGCCAGGCAACGACGCGCCAAUCGACACCUUAUGGAAUCAUUCACCCAGAAACAUCGAGAACUCAACUGAAUACUAGUCAUGCAGUGCCCAGUAAACGGAAGAAAAGUCAACGUAGCGUGGAAAAUAUGGAAGAAGAGAGACGAUUAAAAUACGUAGAACUUGAAUUGGAGAGCAAGCGUAUGGAGCAUGACGAACGUAUGCAGGGGAUGAAGUUGGAACAACUACGACUAGAGAUUGAACUGCAAAAACUAAAGAGUGGGACCAGCCUUGACUGA